CUGGCCGGUACUCAUUGCCUGGGGGCUCAGCAGGAGCCGCGUGGGGGCAGGGGGGGUGGAGAGUGCGGAAGGGAUGGAGCCUCGCCCAGUGCUUUCGCCUCCUCAGCGAGCUCCCCCGGCCCGGCUGGGUUCAGGAGUCCCUUGGGGCCGCCGGGGAGGGCUGGAGGCCGGGAGCGGGCGGUCGACGCAUCCGCCGCCGCCGCAGGAGGCGGAGCGCUGCACCUGGCGGCGGGUCCUCGGCGCCCGGCCCUGAAACGGGUCCAGCCGGUAGUGAGCAGCGGCAACUGUGAGGCCCGGGCCGGGGAGGAGGAGGAGCCGCAGCGGGAGAGAAGGUCGCGCCGGCGGGAGCGCUGGGCCCUCCGCCUCCGUGGCCCCACCCGGUCGGCAUCCCUCGCCGCGCCCCGCCCAGCCCGCCGCAGCCCCCAAGGAGCGCGUGAGCUGCCCGGGAUGGUGCGCGCUGCCCCGACAGCCGCCUCCCCGGGGCCCCGAGCCACUGCCCCGCGCUCCGGGGACAGGGUUCCCCGCGCCCCGCGCAGCUGAGCGCUGCCGCCGCCGCAGCAGAUCAACAGUACAAAUUCAGAAGGUUGUAAACUUGCUGAUGGUGGUGGUAAGCCAUGGCAGAUGAUAAAGUUGCUAUUUUAACGGAUGAUGAAGAGGAACAGAAGAGAAAGUAUGUGCUUGCAGAUCCCUUUAAUGGUAUUUCCAGGGAACCAGAACCACCUUCGAAUGAAACACCUUCCUCCACAGAAACAUCUGCUAUUCCUGAGGAGGAAAUAGACUGGAUAGAGAAACAUUGUGUUAAGAUAAACAAUGAUCUUCUAAUUUCCAAGGUCUUUUAUUUUUUCUUUUACUCGGCCUAUGGCUCUCUCUAUCCCCUUUUGCCUGUGUAUUACAAACAGUUGGGAAUGUCUCCAAGCCAGAGUGGACUACUAGUAGGUAUUCGCUACUUCAUUGAAUUCUGCAGUGCCCCCUUUUGGGGUGUAGUUGCAGAUCGCUUUAAAAAAGGCAAAAUUGUCCUCCUCUUUUCUCUUUUGUGUUGGGUUUUAUUCAACUUGGGCAUUGGAUUUGUCAAACCUGCUACCUUGAGAUGUGUACCAAAGAUUCCCCCAACAGCUCAUCCCACCAACGCAAGUCACCAGUUAACUAUCCUGCCAACAAAUUCUUCCUUUACCUCUUUCCUCACCAUAUCACCAAAAAUGCGUGAGAAAAGAAACCUGCUUUUGAAAACAGGGCUCAAUGUCUCAGACACUGUUACUUUGCCAACAACUCUAAACAUGAACAGUGAACCCACUCUGCAGCCCCAGACAGAUGAAAUUACUAACCGUAUGAUGGACUUGACUUUGAACUCAAGCACAGCAACCCCUGUUGUCCCCACAGGAAGUGUAACCAAGGAGACAACCACUGUUAUUGUUACCACCACCAAAUCUUUACCUUCUGACCAAGUCAUGCUUGUUUAUGAUCAGCAAGAAGUUGAAGCUAUAUUCUUGGUGAUCUUGGUAGUUGUCAUAAUAGGAGAAUUUUUCAGUGCCUCUUCUGUCACAAUCGUAGACACAGUGACACUCCAGUAUCUGGGAAAACACAGAGAUCGCUAUGGGUUGCAGCGCAUGUGGGGCUCCCUGGGCUGGGGCCUGGCGAUGCUGUCCGUGGGCAUCGGGAUCGACUACACCCACAUCGAAGUGCUCAUCGAUGGAAAGGGGUGUAAGCCCCCCGAGUACAGGAAUUACCAGAUCGUCUUCAUCGUCUUCGGCGUUCUCAUGACCAUGGCCUUGAUCGUUGCCACUCAGUUCCGGUUCCGGUACAACCAUUUCAAAAACAAUGAUUCUAAAGGGAAAGAGGUAGAGAUUCCACAGGUGGAAAGGAACAACUCCACAGAGUCCUCUGAGGAGACACCAACCACCACAAGCCACUCGCAGGCCUUCAACUUUUGGGACUUAAUCAAGCUGCUCUGCAGCGUGCAGUAUGGCUCAGUGCUGUUUGUGGCUUGGUUCAUGGGUUUUGGAUACGGCUUCGUGUUCACCUUUCUCUACUGGCAUUUGGAAGACCUGAAUGGAACUACAACCCUCUUUGGGGUCUGUUCAGUCCUGAGUCAUGUGUCUGAGCUGACAGCAUAUUUUUUUAGUCACAAGCUUAUUGAAUUGAUCGGCCACAUCAGGGUUCUGUACAUUGGUCUGGCCUGCAAUACGGCUCGCUAUAUUUAUAUUUCCUACCUGGAGAAUGCCUGGACUGUUCUCCCCAUGGAAGUUCUUCAAGGAGUGACACACGCAGCCAUCUGGGCAGCAUGCAUUUCUUACCUCAGUGCAGCUGUUCCCCCUGAGCUGAGGACGUCUGCUCAGGGCAUCCUGCAGGGCCUUCACUUGGGUUUGGGAAGAGGCUGUGGUGCCAUGAUUGGAGGCGUGUUAGUCAAUUAUUUUGGGGCUGCUGCAACCUUCCGAGGAAUCGGCAUGGCCUGCUUGGUGAUCCUACUGCUCUUUGCCCUGAUCCAGUGGCUGGCAGUGCCAGAUGAGGAAGAAGACAAGGCAAUGUUGGCAGAAAGAAUUCCUGUUCCCUCCAGUCCUGUUCCUAUAGCAACCAUCGACUUGAUACAGCAACAGACAGAAGAUGUCAUGCCACGCAUUGAGCCCAGACUUCCACCCAAGAAAACUAAGCACCAGGAAGAACAGGAAGAUGUGAAUAAACCAGCCUGGGGAGUCAGCUCUUCUCCCUGGGUGACCUUUGUCUAUGCACUCUACCAAAUUAAAGAGAUGAUGCAACUCACAAGAGACAACCGUGCUUCUGAGAUACAGCCUUUACAGGGGACCAAUGAGAACAGGGAAAAUUCUCCUGCUGGUAGAGCCCAGCCUGUCCCAUGUGAGACUCACUCUGACCCAUGUAGAAACCUGCCAUCCCCUGACCCAGCAGCAUCUCAGACACAGACCAGCCCUGCUCACCCCAGUGUGGACCCGCGCACAGAGGAGAGUGAAGAGCAGCAGGCUCAGCUGGCCGCAGGAGGACACUGAGGGCAUCCUGCUCAUCUCACACCCUGCAUGGAAUCAGGCUCCUCAGCCAGGACACAGGGCGAGGCCCCCCAGCCAGGAUACGCCUUCCCUGGAGGAGCACAGCACUGCAUAUGCUUCUAAAUAUCUAAACUCAUUAACAUGGAAACACACACACAGGAGCUACAGUACAUAUUGGCAGGAAAAGGUAAACUUUCGUAAUCCCCUUGGAAUUACAACAGGGAAAUGGAGUUCAAUGAGGACUUUCAGCUCUUUGUUUGGUUAGGUUAAGGAUGAUAGAAUUUCUCUGCCAGUGCAGUAAGAGUUGAAACCAGCAGUUACACUAAGUAAGUGGAGGGAGUGAAAGUGUUUUGAGGUGAAUGUGGAUAUAAUUUCCCUCUUCUGAUUAUUUAUUCUUAUUAUUUGGUUCUUAAUACAAACUGGGAAGAGAUAGAAUUCAUCUAGACUUUCUUUUUUCUUGAAGAGAACCAUUUUAAAAAUUACAAGAUAUAUUUAAAAAGUAACCAGAUAAAAGUUAGUAGCACAUGUGCUUUUGUUAAAAAUAAAGUUAAAAGUUAAAGUUAAAAAAUGAAGUUAAAAGUUUCAUCAGAAACUUUACAUAUCUUUAGCAAAUAUAUUUUUAUAUGUGUAUGGUAUAUAAUGGAAAUAAUUCUUUGAGCAACAGAAGCUAUUAUUGACUACUGCAAGCUAAGCUGAGCUUAAAAAUGCCUUUUGUUUUAAAUGGGUUUUGAGAAAAAAAACAGAAACGAGGGAUUAUUUCAAGUCAACCAACCAACUCAGUAUCCUGUGGCUUGAUAGACAAGAGUUUACUACAUAUAUUGAUAAUGUAAAUAGCCUGUCUUGCUAUUUACUAUCUUAUAGUGAUUCAGGCUCUAAUUAGCUGAGGGAAUGAAACACACACAAAAAUCACUGAAUUCCUAAGAGUUCCAGCAAAUAAGCAGUACUAUUUACAAAUCACAGUAUAAGAUUUAAGUGCCUGGGGGAGGGAUACAAUUUUUAGAAAUUACAUAUUGGGUCAGUUUUGUUUUGUUUUUGGUGAGGAAGAGGUGGUAAAUAGGAAACCAUGAAUGGGAAGGAUGGCAAUAAGUAGCAACUGUACUUUCCUUCCAAUGACUAAAGAAAGAAAAUCUCAGUAUAUUCCUUCUCAUGAAGACACAGUCAGACACUGGACAAUGUAACAUAUGCAACUGCAAACGUUACAGCUGCAGCCAGAACAAUGGCUGCGUGGAUCACAUGUAAAGCUUGCCGCUCAAAAUCAAGUAGAGGUUAACAGAAAACCUGGGGGGAGUGUGGAAAAGGGAACACUGCUUUAGCUGACUAAAGGUGAAUUAUAUAAUUUAUAAUAGCUGUGGAUGAGCACAGGCGAGAGAGGAAAGAAAAGAACAGGUUAGAAAUGAGCAACUCACCUUACCCUUUGACCUUGAUUAGACAGGAUCAAUUGUAAAGUGAGGGCUUCUCCAUGACACAGUAGUUCUGCCCAGUACUGCAUUUGGGAUAAGAAAUUCUACACUUGGAUGUCUAGCUUCACCACACAGCUUAAAAAUAAAAUAACUGAAAUAGAAUUCAGCAAAUAGUUAUUUUUUGCACUUGAACUGAAAUGUACUGUACUGUAAAUUAUGACUCAUUUUAAGUGACCUUUAAAAUCAGAUGUAUUUAUUAUGCUUGUGUAAUUAUAGAAAUAAAGAAAUGGGUGACAGGCUGAACCUCACCUAUGAAUGUACAGUAUGUGGAUUUGUGAAACUGACUGUAGGAAGUCAAAAACUUAUACUGUAUCUUGUGUUUACAGUUCUGAUUUAUUCCUUUGAAAAGCCUGCUGUUUCGGAAAUGCACAGCUGACAUGUUGAAAUAUAAAUAAAUACCAUUUUUAAAUGUUUCUUAAAUGAUAAAGAUGUGACCAAACAAAAGUCCUUUACUCUGUAAUCAGUGAGACCAAAUUCAACAUGCCUUUGUUAUGGAACAUUGACUGUGACAGCAGAAUCUAUAAUGCAGUCAUUCCCAGCCUUGUGAGCUGACACCUUCAUGGGUUUGUGGACUUUGUGACUUUUUCUUCCUGUCCCCAAAGUGCCAUAUGCUACCUUAAAAAAUAUUAAAGUGAAUUCAAAUUAAA